AUGAGGGUUUGAAUCCUCAUCUCAUAGUGAUGUUAUCAUAGAGACAUAAGCACGUUAUUUUUAAACAAAAACCAUACCUUGCAUUGCACUUAUUCAAACAAAUAAACAAACACGAUGACCACAGAGCUCAAUGUCUUACCACAUCCCAUCGCCAUUAACAAACGUUCCAAAGCUCCAUUCAUUCCCCUCAAUGUCUCAUUGCUCAAAGAAUGCUCCACCCUCAGAGAAUUCCAGCAAUUUCAUACCUUAAUCAUUAAGCUCCCAUCCCCAUUGACCCACAUCUCCUUGGCCAAACUCAUCCAAUCCUUGGUCAACUCUUCCCAUAUUGACUACGCCCGCAAGGUGUUCGACCAAAUGCCUCAACCAUCCACCUUCGUCUUCAACACCAUGAUCAGAGCUUAUGCUGGUUCCAAUGCUGCAUGCCGUGAAGGCAUUGGAGUCUAUACCCAAAUGAGAAGCAGCAGCGUUGAGCCAGAUAGUUAUACUUACCCGUCUCUGUUGCAGGCUUGUUCUUCACUCAGUGAUGGAAGAGGAGUGCAUGCUUUGAUUCUCAAGAGCGGGCAGUGUGGAUUGGAUGUGCACGCACAGACGUCUCUUGUAAGCUUUUACUCGAGCUUCGGUGAUCUUGAAUGUGCACGGAGAGUGUUUGAUGGAAUGCCUGAAAGGAAUGUGGUUUCUUGGACGGCGAUGGUUACCGGGUAUGUGAAGCAGAUGGAGUAUGAUGAUGGUUUGGCAUUGUUUCACCAGAUGCAAGUUCUCGAUGUCGAACCAAAUGAGUUGACACUGGUGAAUGUACUAUCUGCUUGCGCAAACCUUGGAGCUUAUGAGAUGGGCAAGUGGGUGCACCGAUACAUUGAUCGCAAGGGAAUUGUGAUGAAUUCCACUCUUGGCACUGCACUUGUUGAUAUGUAUGCUAAGUGUGGGCACAUACACAAAGCCUUGCAUGUGUUUAAGAGAUUGCCCGAGAAGAGUGUUUUCGCAUGGAAUGCGGUAAUCGGUGGCCUAGCAAUGCAUGGGUUAGGAGAGGAAGCUAUAGAGAAGUUCUCGGAAAUGAUAUCAGUCGGAAUGAGGCCGGAUGACAUAACACUCCUUGCAGUUCUAUCAGCUUGCGCACAUGCCGGUCUUGUGCGGAAAGGCAAGGAGUAUUUCGAUUUGAUUGAGCGGGAAUAUGGUGUUCGACCAAAUAUCAAGCACUAUGGUUGCAUGGUGAAUCUGCUAGGGAGGGCCGGGCUCCUAGAAGAGGCUUAUGAAGUAGUUACAAAAAUGCCAAUGGAGCCUAAUGGAGUUGUCUGGGGAACAUUACUUAAUUGCUGUAGUUCUCAUGGUGAUGUCGAGCUAGCAGAAACGGUGAUGGCAAGGCUUGUCGCAUUGGAACCUUAUAACGAUGGGAAUUAUGUGCUUAUGUCAAACAUUUACGCAUCAAAAGGCAGAUGGGAAGAUGUAGCGAAGGUUCGGAGAUUCAUGAAUGAAAGAGGGAUCAACAAGACAACGGGAUGCAGUACCAUAGAAGUCGACAAUGUCGUGCAUGAAUUCAUAGUCAGUUGCAGCAAACACCCUAGAGCAGAGGAGAUAUACAGCACGCUUGAUGAAAUGUCAAUGAGAUUGAAGGCUGAGGGUUACAUGGCUAAAACAAGCAACGUUAUGCUCGACAUUGAUGAAGAAGAUAAGAAGAGAGCACUGUGCCAUCACAGCGAGAAGUUGGCCAUUGCAUUUGGACUCAUUAGCACAAAACCUGGUACACUGCUAAGAGUGGUGAAAAAUCUCCGGGCUUGCGAAAACUGCCAUCUCGCAACAAAGUUGAUAUCGAAGAUUUACAACCGCGAGAUCAUUGUCAGGGAUCGGAAUCGGUUCCACCAUUUCAAGCAUGGAGUUUGUUCUUGUGGAGAUUACUGGUGAUGUUAUGCAAUGCAAACAUCCUGAA